AUCUCCCUUGUUCAAUUCAGGCAAAGCUCCUAGAGCCAGCUCAGUAUCAACAUGUCUCCUCUCUAGGCAAUUUUGCCCUCUGGGGUCCUUACUAGCUCCUCUGCCAAUCUAGAUCCUGGAGGCGGGGCUGACAGCGGAGAUGAGGCCCCUCCUCCAGCUCCCAUCCAAUCAGGAUCCCUUCCUCUGGGGGCUGGGCCCACAGGCAGCUCUCCAAGUCUGUAGCUCUUUCGCUAGGCUUAUAGCCAGGGAUGAUGUGCUACUGCUGGCGCUGCUGCUGUCAGCGGCUGCCCUGUGCCCUGACACUGUUGCUGCUACUGCCACUUGCUAUGGCUUCUGAGGGCCCAAACCGUUGUGAUUCCAUAUACCAAGGCUUUGCUGAGUGUCUCAUCCGCCUGGGGGAGAGCAUGGGCCGUGGACUCGAGCUACAAACUGUCUGCAGAUCCUGGAAUGACUUCCAUGCCUGUGCCUCUCGGGUGCUGUCAGGCUGCCCAGAGGAGGCUGCUGCAGUGUGGGAGUCACUGCAGCAAGAAGCUCGCCGUGCCCCCCACCCAGAUAACUUGCACAUCCUCUGUGGCGCCCCUGUGAGUGUUCGGGAGAUGGUUGCUGGUCCAGAGACCAAUCAGGAGACACUCCGGGCCACAGCUCCUGCACUGACUCCAGCCCCAACCCCUGCAUUACUUGCUGCUGCUCUGGCACUUGCCUGCCUCCUGGGGCCUCUGGCCUAAACAGUCUGGUUGGCUAGUCAACAGUGCCCUUGCCUCCCAUCACUGAAUGCAGUGGCCGCUGUGUGGGCUCUGCAGAGUGUGCAUAAUUUU